AUGUCCGAUCAACAAUCUCGUUCUCGUAAACGCAAGCGUGACUCUAGCAAGGAUGUGCUAGAUGCUAUCCUUGCCAGGUUGAAUACGCUUGAAGAACGUUUUGCUACGCCGCCGCCGCAGCCGUCCGGGCUACCUUUACAGGUUGCUUCAACAUCCCUAGAGCAUACGCCGCAACCGGUACAACCUGCGCUAACGGGUGGUGCAACCACUGAUGACGUACGUGAUGACGACUCAACCGCGGGUCGUGCAUCUACCUUAUUAACGCGAGAAAGCAUCUCUACGGGUAGCGAUACAACUGGCAGAAUCGUGGAGGCUAUCACUUCGCUAGUUAAAGCAGUUGGAAAAUUAGACUCCUGCAUGCGUGGGCCUUACAAGGUAUUGAAACGACUUCCACAUCAUCGGUAUGAAUUGGAGUUGUUGGCUGGCUCGUAUGGAAAGCGUACAGAGGCUGCAGCUGAAAACAUGGUAGCGUGGGCAGGAGAGUGGACCCCCGAGACCUGCGCCGCAUUCUUUGAAUCGGAGUCUGAUGAUUCUAUGCACGAUACAUCGGUGGAAGCUGAGACGAGUUCAAGUGUUGAACACAGCAGAGUGGCGGACGAGGACGACCGCCCGUCAGGAGAGGCCGUGUUGAACGAGGAUGAA